CUAGAAGACACCACGCCCCACCUCACAGAAGGAUGUACCAAUGACCUGAGCAGAGAGACGGUGUCCACUUGGGGCUGCGAGACGCCGGUGCUGCCCCAGAGAGGCGGUGGUGGUCAAGACGUGGGGCAGCCUGCGAUGAAGCCGCCUAGUUCAUUGCAAACAAGUGAGUUUGACUCAUCAGAUGAAGAGCCUAUUGAAGAUGAACAGACUCCAAUUCAGAUAUCAUGGCUCCCCUUGUCACGUGUGAAUUGUUCUCAGUUUCUUGGUUUAUGUGCUCUUCCAGGUUGUAAAUUCAAAGAUAUUAGAAGAAAUAUCCAAAAGGAUACAGAAGAACUAAAGAGCUAUGGUAUACAAGACAUAUUUGUUUUCUGCACCAGAGGGGAACUGUCAAAAUAUAGAGUCCCAAACCUCCUGGACCUCUACCAGCAAUAUGGAAUUGUCACGCAUCAUCAUCCCAUCCCAGAUGGAGGGACUCCUGACAUAGCCAGCUGCUGCGAAAUAAUGGAGGAGCUUGCAAUCUGCCUUAAAAAUAAUCGAAAAACCUUAAUACACUGUUAUGGAGGAGUUGGGAGAUCUUGUCUUGUAGCCGCUUGUCUCCUGCUGUAUCUGUCUGACACAGUAUCACCACAGCAAGCCAUAGACAGCCUGAGAGACCUAAGAGGAUCUGGAGCAAUACAGACCAUAAAGCAAUAUAAUUAUCUUCAUGAGUUCCGGGACAAACUAGCUGCACAUCUAUCAUCAGGAGAUUCACUAUCAAGAUCUGUAUCUAGAUAAAAAAAAAAAAAAUUUUAAACAGCAUAUGUAUAUAUAUGACCGUGUCUGAAAUUUAAGAGCUCUCUAACACAAUUUGUAUUGAAGUGAAACUACUAGUUAUCAAUUUGAUUGUAAAUGUGUAUGUGCAGAUAUUCCUAAAGCUUUUAUUGACAAAUUUCA